AUGCCACUCUACACUAAGUUUCUCAAGGAUUUGCUGAUCAAGAAGGGUAAAUACAUACAUAAUGGAAACAUUAUGGUGGAAGGCAAUUGCAGCGCAGUUAUUCAGAGAAUCCCCCCACCAAAGUACAAAGAUCCAGGGAGUGUGACUAUCCCAUGCUCAAUAGGUGUUGUAUCGGUAGGAAAAGCACUUAUUGAUUUAGGGGCUAGCAUCAAUCUGAUGCCCCUAUCUAUGUGUAGAAGGAUCGGGAACUUGGAGAUUGCACCAACUAGAAUGACAUUGCAUCUAGCUGAUCAUUCAAUUACAAGACCCUACGGUGUAGUGGAGGAUGUGUUGGUCAAGGUGCGUCAAUUCAUGUUCCCUAUGGAUUUUGUGAUCAUGGAUAUAGAAGAAGAUGCUGAAAUUCCAUUGAUCUUAGGCUGUCCCUUCAUGUUGACGGUUAAGUGUGUGGUGGACAUGGGAAAUGGUAACCUAGAAAUGAGUGUCGAUGAUCAAAAGGUUACCUUCAAUUUAUUCGACACAAUUAAGCACCCAAGUGACCACAAGGCCUGUUUUAAGAUGAAGGCAGUUGAACAUGAGGUGGCCAUGGAAGAAGAAAAAGAAUUGAAGAAAUGUCUAGAAGAGUUGGAUGGGUUGAAAGGAAGGCCUUCAGAAAAAGUAGUGUUUGAAGAAUUGAAGAAGGACCUUCCCAUAGAGAAAGCUAAGGUGGACUUGAAGAUCUUGCCGGAGCAUUUGAAGUAUGUGUUCUUAGAAGAUAAUAAGGCAAAACCAAUAGUGAUUAGCAACUCUCAAACUGAUGAGGAGGAAUCUUGGCUGGAAGAAGUGUGCAAGGAAGUGCUCAAAUUGCUGGAAGCAGACCUCAUUUAUCCCAUCUCAGAUAGUGCUUGGGUGAUCCUUGUUCAAGUAGUCCCAAAAAAGGGUGGCAUGACAGUGAUCAGAAAUGAAAAGAAUGAUUUGAUCCCCACAAGAACAGCCACGGGGUAG